ACACACUAACACCAAUACAUUCGAACUAGCAGCUGAUUUUGACGUCUCUCUUGUUUAUACACGUACAGCGAGCGCGCGUUCGGCCACCUUCGUUGAAGCCAACCUAGCCGGGUACGAUUUCACCAACGUAGUCCUACUGGCGGACGAUGUGAACGCGAUUGCAACGGAACUGGUGACGGCAACCGACCGGCAAUGUGUGGAAUGUUGCGAGAAGAUGCUAUUUCUGGGACACCUGUUAGCACGGGCUCUUGAAGCGAGCCGGGAAGUGGUGAAAAAUUUCGAAGAAUUGGAAGAACUUUUGCGGAUUAAUUGGAGUAACAGUGGUGGGUGCGAUGCCGAACGGAAGUGGCAGUUUGUGCGGGAAACUACGGGUAGUGGAGUGGUUAACCGUGUGGCGAGGAGGAUCCUGCUGGCGAAAGGUGGCGAGCGGUGUUUGGCUAUUGUUAAGGGGUUCUACAGGAAAUUUUACAGCAAGGAAGAUUUUAGAAAAGUGAUUGAUGAAACGAAGAAGGAAAUUGUCUGGAAACGGGCCGCUACGGAUAUUUUAAAAUUAAAGGCAGACGUUGAUCCGGUCGUUAGAAAUUGUCUGGAAUCUCUCGAAAAGGUUGAGGAUUUCCGGAGUGAUGAUCCUAAAGAGGCUAUCAAACAGGCUUUCCAGUUCGAUUUACCUACGCUGGCUGUUUGGGCUAAUUCUGGGUCUGUCAGCAAUAUAAGUUUGUGCAAAGCGUUAGCCGGAAUUACAAUUCACCUUCAAACUGGAGAUAGAGAAUAUCUUCAGCAGCAACUGUUAGCCAUUAGAAAGAUUACCACAGACCUGUACUCUAUGGAAAGAUACCAAAAUUUGAUGGAGUUCCAACCAUUCUAUGAAGUUAACGUUGAACUUUUAAAAACGCACCAUCAGAAUCUACGACAAAAAGAACUACUUUAUGAUUCUAACACUAUUCUGCUAUGCCACUUAAUUUACGGCAAAUCUCAGAUGGCACAAUUCCUGGAGGACUUCCUGAACGAAACAUACCUCGGGGGAGCAAACAAUCUCGAACUGAUUCUGGCCGAACUGCAAAACUUCAAAUGA